UCGACUCUCCAGUGGUAACAGUUUGGUAGAUUACUCUUUUUUUUUCUCCCCCCUUUUCUCUCUCUCUCUCACUCCCCCUUUGCCUGGAGUUUGUAGCUUGGAGUUUUGUGGUGUGAGCCGCUGACUCACUGCUUGUUCCUCUUUCCUCUACCUCUGCUGUUCACUGUGGGAGGGAAAGAGAGAGACAGAGAGAGUGAAAGAGAGAGGAGGGAGGGGAGAAGACGAUUAAGGGGAUCAGCCAGCUGAUAAGUGGGCGACCGGAUCAGACACAGAGACAGUCAGAGUGGGACUUGAGAGACCAAGACAGACAGCGUGGAGCAGGAGGUGAAAAUGUCUCAGAGGCUGCAUCUGUACUUUGGCUCUGGCCGCAGCAACACAGCUCCAGAGAUGGAGGAGCUGGAAAGGCCGUCCCAGGACCUCAACGAUGUCUCCAUGACAUUCCACAUGCAGCAACAACAGCGUCACCGGCCUCAGCGCUGGAGCAGCCGGGACUCACCUACCUUCUCCUGGCGUCCUGAAGGAGACUUGCUUGCCUUGAGUGCCUUCUCUGGGCCACGGCAACGGCCUGAUAGAGAGAUCUUCUUUGGGCAACGUCCCUUGUCGGAGAGACCUCUGGCUGGUCCUGGAGACUCCUCGCUCAAACGAAGCUCCUCGAUGUUUAUACCCCAGCUGACUCCGGCAGAGCCACGGCCCACCAAGAGUUCCUCAAUGCAGAUCUCUCUCCAGCGAUCCUCCGGUGGCGCCGGGACUGCUGAGGAGCCACCUCCAGGUCCACCACCCAGCUACACACCAGAACCCGCUCCUGCCUAUAGUGAGCCCGAAAGGAGCUACCACUACACUCUUCCACCACCACCACCCUACUACAGCAGAGACGCUCCAGUCCCAGUCACGGCUAGCUCACCACCUUGCUACAGCCAAGAUACUUCAGCUAGCUCCAGCUCCGCCAUGCCUCAGAAUCAGAAUCACCCUCAACCCACAGAACCUGCUCAACUCAAGCGAAGGGUUUUUUGCGUUGUGCCCCAAGACAACAGCUCAAACGGUCAGGCUAGCUCAGCUAUGUCUAAUGGAAAAGGAGGAGGAGGCCCACCUGGAAUCAGCAUAGGACGCUUUCACUUAUCAAGGAACUCCCCAGACGAAUCUGAAGUCCAGCAGUUCAGGAUCGGCUAUGGGUCUGGCAGCCAGGUAGGUGGGCCCUGCCACUGGUCUGUCCAGCAGCAGAACUCGGACCCAGGUCAUCCUAGCACUACUCAGAGGCUUGUGUUCCAGCCCGGGCAGCAGGACCAGGCCCAAGCCAGGCAGGCCAACAACGUGAACGUCAUGACCCCAAGCGGCUCCAAGGGAGAGCGUGUGGUGCGUUACCCCAGGAUCCGGCUGGAGAGAAGCACUUCGCAUCAGCGGCUGCCCCUUCGUAACCACCAGAUGUCCGGGAAUGUUGGGGAGCCCCAGGGCAGUGAAGGAAGCCCCUCGGAGAUGGACAGUCAAAGUAUGGACAUUGAAGGUGGCUGCACUUUCAAAAUCAGGAGAGAAGCCCCCAAACGACAGCCUUACUUCAAGAUUUCUUUAUGUCAGGGUGGAGAUGUCCCCACUGUACAGAAUAUAAGACUGGGAAAUGGUCAGACGAGAGAUGAUUUCCUGGGACAGGUCGAUGUGCCUCUCAAUCAUUUGCCGAUGGAGGACCCUACGAUGGAGAGGCCGUACACAUUUAAAGAUGUCCUUCUAUGGCCACGAAGCCACAAGUCCAGGGUGAAGGGGUAUCUGCGGCUGAAGAUGGCCUACCUGCCAAAGACUGGUGGUCCGGAGGAGGAGUCCACAGAGGGGAUGACCGGGGAAGAGGCAGAGGGAUGGGAGGUGAACGACUUGGCCGACCCUAGCGUCCAGAGGCCCCAGGCGGUUGAGCCCCCGCUGCCCCCAGGAUGGGAGGAGAAGGUGGACAACCUGGGCAGAACCUACUACGUCAACCACAACAACAGAUCUACACAGUGGAAACGACCCAGCAAUGUGGAUGUUGUUUCAGAGGUGGAGAAUGACAAUCAGCAGCGUGCAAACAACAUCCAGGCUCACAGAGUGUUCCACUCCAGACGACACAUCUCUGAGAACCUCGAGGAUGAACACAUAGAACCCAGGGACAUGGAUGACUUAUGGGAUCCAAUCACAGAAGAGAGUCCAGACGACCUGCUUCCAGGCCCCCUCUCCUCCAUCAUGUCGAUGCCCACCCCCCAGACGCCGCCGCCCCCGCCUCACCAGGAGUUUUCAGAGGAGAUCAACCUGCGCCUGUCCCUCACACCGACCCCUGGCCCCGGCCUCCACGCCCCCCCGCCCGACAUCAAUGGAGAGGUGGCCGGACCCAGCCAUGCCUCUGCUGUGCAGUGUCAUCUCUCUUCCAGACUGCGUUCCUCCACUAUGACAGAUGGGGUCAGUGACCAAGCCCAGCCUCCUCCGGCGUCUCAGUCGGCAGCCUAUGCCCUGACCACACCAGGCCUGCCUCCGGGAUGGGAGGAGAGGAAGAACGCCAAGGGACGCACGUAUUACGUCAACCAUAACAACCGCUGCACCACCUGGACCAAGCCUAUCCUACAGGGGGUGGCCAACAACAUAGCGGUGCGUCUGGCGGUGAAGGAGACCCUCUCCAACCCCCAGUCUCCCCAGCCCUCCCCCUAUAGCUCCCCCAAGUCAGGACACAAGCCCCAGCAGAGCUUCCUGCCCCCGGGGUGGGAGAUGAGGAUAGCACCCAACGGACGACCCUUCUUCAUAGACCACAACGGCAGGCUCACUACAUGGGAGGACCCGAGGUUGAAGUACCCAGUUCACAUGAGGACCAAGGCCUCUCUGGACCCUGGUGACCUGGGGCCUCUUCCUCCUGGCUGGGAGGAACGGGUGCAUGCAGACGGCAGGACCUUCUUCAUAGACCACAACACCAAAACCACUCAAUGGGAGGAUCCUCGUCUACAAAGCCCAGCCAUCACAGGGCCUGCUGUGCCGUACUCCAGAGAAUUCAAACAGAAAUACGACUACUUCAGAAAGAAGUUGAAGAAACCGGUGGACAUCCCCAAUAGGUUUGAGAUGAAGCUGCACAGGACCAACAUCUUUGAGGAGUCGUACCGACGCAUCAUGUCUCUGAAGAGACCAGACAUCCUGAAGGCCCGCCUCUGGAUCGAAUUUGAAUCAGAGAAGGGCCUGGACUACGGGGGCGUGGCCAGGGAAUGGUUCUUCCUGCUCUCCAAAGAGAUGUUUAACCCUUACUAUGGACUGUUUGAAUACUCAGCCACAGAUAACUACACACUACAGAUCAACCCUAACUCUGGGCUGUGUAACGAGGACCACCUUUCAUACUUCAAGUUCAUUGGUCGAGUGGCAGGGAUGGCUGUGUUCCAUGGGAAGCUAUUAGACGGCUUCUUCAUCAGGCCAUUCUACAAGAUGAUGCUGGGGAAACAGAUCACACUGAAAGACAUGGAGUCAGUGGACAGUGAAUACUACAACUCUCUGAAGUGGAUCUUGGAGAAUGAUCCUACUGAGCUCGACCUGCGAUUCUGUAUCGAUGAGGAUAACUUUGGACAAACGUACCAGGUGUAUCUGAAACCCAGUGGUAGUGAUAUGGUGGUCACCAAUGACAACAAAAUGGAAUACAUAGACCUUGUCAUCCAGUGGCGGUUUGUGAACCGGGUUCAGAAACAGAUGAACGCCUUCUUGGAGGGAUUCACUGAACUCAUUCUCAUCGACCUCAUCAAGAUAUUUGAUGAAAACGAGCUAGAGCUGUUGAUGUGUGGUCUAGGUGAUGUGGAUGUGAAUGACUGGAGACAACACACAGUCUACAAGAACGGAUACUGCCCCAACCACCCAGUCAUCCAGUGGUUCUGGAAAGCUGUGCUGCUGAUGGAUGCUGAGAAGAGGAUCCGUCUGCUUCAGUUUGUCACCGGGACAUCCAGGGUCCCCAUGAACGGCUUUGCUGAACUCUAUGGUUCCAAUGGGCCUCAGUUGUUCACAAUUGAACAGUGGGGAACACCUGACAAACUGCCCAGAGCACACACCUGCUUCAACAGGCUAGACCUGCCUACCUACGAGUCAUUUGACGACCUGCGAGAGAAGCUGUUGAUGGCUGUGGAGAAUGCUCAAGGCUUCGAGGGCGUCGACUAAAACUACAACCAGCCAUCUUGGUUGAACACCACUACAGAGAAAACUUACCACCAACCACAGAACAUAACGUUUAAAAACCAACUGCCACAGAACAGUAAAAAAAACAACUGACUAACUGUAAUUCUACAGCUGCAGACAGUGGCCGUAGCGGGGUCUACCUGACUGUGCAAGAAUGUUGUAUGUGCAUGAUCAACCGCCAAGGCUACUGUACAGUUACAGAGACAUGAGCCAAUGAGCCAUGUCUGUCUGUCAUCUCCUUCUAUGUCAAGGUGCUAGGGAACAGGGCCAGUGCAGUGCUGUGCAGCCAAUGCAAAACAGUGCACCCAAUUCUGAAAUCUGCAGUGCUGGAAUCUCUGAUCUGAUGCAUUUCAAUAUGAAUAUCUCUCCUGUUGUUGUAUUUGACACCCAGCCAGUCACUCUGCUGUGCUGUGGAGGGCAUGGCCUGCUGGUUCCUGUUCCUGCAUUCUGUAUGAGAUUAAUCAAAUCACUACUACUCCUCUCUCCAAGAUAACCUGCUGGAUCCGGCAUUGAAUCGCAUCACUGAUCGAUUCGAAUCCUGAAUCGAAUCACUACUCAACUCCUCCUCUCUAGGUUACUGUACUACUAAAGUACUACCACCACCAGAUAACCUUAGGAAUGCUAACCAAUCACAGAUUCACUGAUGAGGAUAUUAGCCUAGCCAUGUCUGAAUGCUCACCUCUCUCUCACUGUUUGACUACUAUGCCUGCCUGGUCCUGCCUACCUACCUACCUGCCUACCCACCUGUCUGUAGAAUAAGGUCUAUCCACUGGGAGGCAAGGAAGCAAGCGGUGGGGAUUCUUCUCAACUACAUGUACUAUCUUGUAUCUUCUUUUGCAAGCCAAGAAGUAAUGGGAUCAUUUUUAUUAUAUUUUUUAUAUUGUUAUUAUUAUCGCUCUUACAGAAAACACACUUCUGACAAUAUUUGUACCGAUGAUAAACAUUGUUUACUAUUUUGUGUGGGGAAAAAUGUGUGUAAAUGUGUCAAUCUGGCCGUGGGAAACAAUGAUAAUCCAUAUUAGUUAAAUCAUGACGUGUUUAUUGUAGUGCUAUGAAAGCAAACGGCAUGAAAAUGUAUCUUGUGUUUGCGUUUAAUUACGUAGUAAUUACAAGUGUAUUCUCCGUCUUUAAACUAAAAAUCCCUCUUGGGUGGGAGGAAAAGGGAAGAAUUGUGUGAAUUAGUCUGAUAUGAGAGAUAUGUGUCACAAUUAUGAUAUUAAUAUUGUUAUGCUUAUCCCUCCCUGUUCAUAAUGCUGUAAAUGCAUUUUUUUUUACAUUGAGAAAUUAUUUCAUUAUUAUAAAUAUAUAUGUAUUACGUCUAAUAAUAUAAGUAUUAAUAAUGAACAGCACAUAAAAAUGAAGCUGAACUGUGAGAGAAGGCUGUGAUUGCCACUGAUAGAAGAGCAGCAAGUUCUUACAAUACAAAAUGUUGUGUGUCUGUCCCCUAUGGGCCGUGGUCAAAUGUAGUGCACUACAUAGGGAAUAGGGUGCCAUUUGGGGUGAUGUAGUUUUUUUAGAGGUUUAUUUUCUGCUCUUUCUUCUAACACCACUGAACCUAAAGGGCACUUUAUCCAUCACACUAAGGCAGGGUUUCCCAAACUCGGGCCUCUGGACCCCAAGGGGUGCACAUUUUAGUUUUUCCCUAGCAGUACACAGCUGAUUCAAAUAAUCAACACAUCAUCAAGUUUUAUAUUUUCUGAUCUUUCUUCUAACACCACUGAACCUAAAGGGCACUUUAUCCAUCACACUAAGGCAGUGUUUCCCAAACUCGGGCCUCUGGACCCCAAGGGGUGCACAUUUUAGUUUUUCCCUAGCAGUACACAGCUG